AUGGAGUAUUCUAUUCCAAUCAUGGAAGGAUACACAAUUGAAGAGAUAUUAAUAACAUAUAAAGCUGAUGACUGUCAAAAAAGGGUCUAUCAUCGAACUGUUUAUUCAAAUAAGAAACCUUUUUCGCAUUUCAUUAAUCUAAACCAGUUUAAUUCAAAACAAGAUCAUUCACAAUCAAAUGUUAAGGAAGAAACAAUAUUCAACGUCAAAUUUAAGCCUGGAGUUCCGUAUAGUGACGUUGUCAAGAAUCUUCAUACUUACAUUUCUCUUAUAUCUGGUGCAGGAUUUUCAAAACACAUUGAAUUGGCAUCACUCCUAAACUUUCGUUGCCCAACAGAAACUACAUUACUUGCGCAUCUAAAGAGCAUAUUGCCAGAUCUUGAGAAAGUUGCAACAGCAAGUUGUGAAGCUAAUAUACAAGAAAUUCUUAAACAUGAUUCAGAAUACAAAUUUAAUGUUUCAUUAGAUUGCGCAUGGAGUUCUAAGCGAUGCUUUACAUGCCGUCAUUAUGCUUAUAGAUAUAAAUACAAACAAAAUAUUAGAUUUUAG